AAAAUCAUGAGCAGACGAUGUUGAAAUCACGUCGUUAAUCGUCGACUUCGUCGUGUUGGUUGCCAUUCGUUUCGAUUCGUAAUAAACAAGCAUUUUUAACCGUUGAGUACAUUUUAAAUUACUAUUCAUCAAUCCUUGGAUAUUAACUUGGCGAGUGCUGGCGUUCAUUGUUUCAAAAAGAAAUAAUACAAUGUAUGCCAUUCGAAUGUUACCGAGUUUAUCAAACCUUGGGAGAAAAGCGAGCGGUCGACCAGUAUUUAUAUCAGUCAAUUAUGCUACCAAGCGUUUAAGCAUUGAAGAAAAAUUGGGCUUCCCAGAAAGACCAAAAAAACCUUUACCUCCAUACAUUGACUAUUGCCAAAAAAAAUUUGCUGAAUUUUCAAAUGUGUCCCAAAAAGUUCUACCUAGAGAGAUAAUCCCAAAGUUUGCUGAAGAAUGGAAACUGAUAGAUAAAGAGACAAAGACAAAGCUGAUGAAUGAAUAUCGUGAAAAAUUACAAAAAUAUCCAGACACUCUACAACAAUAUUAUCUUUCAUUAACUGAAGCUCAACGUUUGGAAUUAGAAACUGUUAGAAAUGAAAAGGAUGCAUCUGCACAGAAGAGAAAAUUAAGACUUGAAAAUAGAAAAACAGGGAAACCUAUUCGUCCUGUUAACCAAUUUGGAAUAUUUGUCAAGGAAGUUUUUCCCAAAGUAUCAGCAGGAGAUUCAGGAAAGCCUAAUGUACAAGCUACCUUAAAAGACAUUUGCAAAAGAUGGAAAAAUCUAACUCCGGAAGAGAAAGCACCAUACAAAUUAAAAUUUGAAGUGGCCGAUCAGGAAUAUCAAAAGAAAUUAGUCGAAUGGGAGGACGAAAUGGUUCGACAAGGAAAGGCAAAUCUGGUCAGGGUUCGAGCCCGGCCCAUUCUUGGUCUAGACGAUUCGAAAAAAUUUUCUAAGGAAACGGAACGUAUUAAAAAACCAAUGAAAACGAAGUAGGAAAACACCGCCUGUAACUCAAAAAUCAGUCGUCAACCUUCAGAUCCUAUGGAUUCCUUUGAAACAGAUUUGGAUUGGACCCAAGCAAAUGUGAUUGAUCUCCGUCAAGCAUUACAAUGGCCUAAACAUCUUAGUUUCAAUUUCUGCCAAAUUGUUUUUUUUUAAGUAAAAUAGAUUUAUUUGGUAUAAAAAGAUUGUAUUUUCAAAUGCAAAAUUUUUUGCAUGUGUUCAUCAUUGAGUUACAGGCACAUGAUUUGUUUUUUUGUUUUUUUUUUGUUUGUUUUUUUCAUUUUCUUUACAAUCCACUACGUUCAAUACAACCUCCUACGUCUAA